CACUGCAUGUGACGUCUAUUAACCUUGCAACAUAUGAUUUUGACAAAUAACUUUCACAAAUAAAGGCAGACAAGGUGAUUGUUUGGAAUGUUAAAUAUUGCGGAAGUUGAAUGCUGAAAUUCCGCACUUUCCUUUGAUCCAUUUACUCGGUUCUUUUUGCGACAAUUCGUGAAGUGAAAACACUGCGAUAAAGUGCAAAACAGUGCGAAGUCCCAAACAAGGUCCAGUUUGGUUAUGUAGAGCUGUGAUUUUUUUAACAGGUGUUUUUUGCGCAUAUUUACACAAUUUCCCAGUGGUUUUUAUCAUGGGACUGUUAUUUGCUAAGCUAUGGAGCUUGUUUGGCAACGAAGAGCACAAGAUUGUUAUUGUGGGGCUUGACAAUGCUGGAAAAACCACGAUAUUGUACCAGUUUUUGAUGAAUGAGGUGGUUCAUACUAGUCCGACUAUUGGGUCAAAUGUUGAGGAAGUUGUAUGGCGGAAUAUCCACUUUAUCAUGUGGGAUUUGGGGGGACAGCAGUCUUUAAGAGCCGCCUGGAGCACUUAUUACACCAAUACAGAGUUUGUGAUUGUUGUGGUGGAUUCAACCGAUCGCGAGCGAUUAUCUAUGAUCCGAGAAGAGCUCUACAAGAUGUUGGCGCAUGAAGAACUGUCGAAAGCCAGCGUUUUGGUCUAUGCGAAUAAACAGGACGUUAAAGGUUCAAUGAGCGCCUCAGAAAUCUCUAAAGAGUUGAAUUUGACUUCAAUUAAACAGCAGCAAUGGCAUAUUCAAUCCUGUUGUGCGCUCACUGGGGAAGGACUCUACCAGGGGCUAGAGUGGAUAGCCAAUCGGCUGAAGAAGAAAUGACACCUGUAUUGGUAGCUGUGUGCGAAAACGUUCAGUUUGAAACUCAUUUUUCUUAAUGGGGAAAGUGAGUUUCAAAUGGUGACUGUUUCUCACAUUGAGAAGGCCAGAUCUUCCAAGACCUGUUUUUUUGGAGGGCGAUUGUCGUCGGUUCAAUGCCAAAACUUCAUUAAUAAACUUGUGAUAUACAUACAUAAUACAUACAUACAUAGGUUGUGUUGUUGGUCUUUUUACAUAAAAAGAUCGGAACUUUGACGACACGAACUUUCGCAAAUUACCUUAGAUAGAUGGCAUGUUCUUAGCGUGUGUGUGAAUGGAAAUUGGGCUUUUAUCAUUUCGAAAGCUUCACCCGAAGACGAAUUAUAUUUUUCCAAUUAGAACUAAAGCUGACGCGCAUUUUUGCUUGCUCUUAUUGUUUGAAUUAAUUGUUUUCAGUAUUUUGACUUUAUUAUUUGAAGAUUUCCAAUCGCUUGGUUGAUGAUGACUGUGGCAGAGCUGAGAUGGCACGUUAAUUUGGUCCUCUCAUUUUUUAUGUACAGAGUUAUUUAAUAGAUAAAACCAGUUGUAUAUAAA